UCGAGGAGGGGAGGGUCCGGACUCGCCGGCUGCAGGCGCCGCCAUGGCUGCCAUAUUGGGGAGGAAGUGAGAGCAGGAGGCGGCAGCGGCGGCCAGGGAGGAGCCCUUCCCCUCUCCCCUCCGCUGAGUGAGGCGCUGCUCUGCCGGCGGCGGCCGCUCGCAGGACUCCGGAGCGGGCGGCGUGGAGGUGGCGGCGGUGGCGGCUGGGCUGAGCGCCCCGAAGGCGGCGGCUUUGGCCUAAGAUGGCGGACCCGGCGGAAUGUAACAUCAAAGUGAUGUGUCGCUUCAGGCCUCUCAACGACUCCGAGGUGACCCGCGGCGACAAGUAUGUCGCCAAGUUCCAGGGAGAGGACACCGUUAUCAUCGCGUCCAAGCCGUAUGUGUUUGACCAUGUAUUCCAGUCAAGUACAUCACAGGAACAAGUAUACAAUGAUUGUGCUAAAAAAAUUGUAAAAGAUGUACUUGAGGGAUACAAUGGUACAAUAUUUGCUUAUGGACAAACAUCAUCUGGGAAAACACACACUAUGGAGGGAACACUUCAUGAUCCAGAUGGGAUGGGGAUUAUUCCAAGAAUAGUGCAAGAUAUCUUCAAUUAUAUUUACUCCAUGGAUGAAAAUUUGGAGUUCCACAUUAAGGUGUCAUAUUUUGAAAUAUACUUGGAUAAAAUAAGAGAUCUUUUAGAUGUUUCAAAGACCAAUCUUUCUGUUCACGAGGACAAAAACAGAGUUCCUUAUGUAAAGGGCUGCACUGAACGUUUUGUAUGUAGUCCGGAUGAAGUAAUGGAUACUAUAGAUGAAGGAAAAUCUAACAGACAUGUAGCAGUUACAAAUAUGAAUGAACACAGCUCUCGAAGUCAUAGUAUCUUCCUUAUUAAUGUAAAACAAGAAAACACUCAAACAGAACAGAAACUGAGUGGAAAACUUUACCUUGUGGACUUGGCAGGUAGUGAAAAGGUUAGUAAAACUGGAGCAGAAGGUGCUCUGCUGGAUGAAGCUAAGAACAUCAACAAGUCUCUCUCAGCUCUUGGAAAUGUCAUUUCUGCUUUGGCUGAAAGCAGUACUUAUGUUCCAUAUCGUGACAGUAAAAUGACCAGAAUCCUUCAGGAUUCAUUGGGUGGUAACUGCAGAACCACUAUUGUAAUUUGCUGCUCUCCAUCAUCAUACAAUGAGUCUGAAACUAAAUCAACGCUCUUGUUUGGUCAAAGAGCUAAGACUAUUAAGAACACAGUCUGUGUCAAUGUGGAACUCACUGCAGAACAAUGGAAAAAAAAGUAUGAAAAAGAAAAAGAGAAAAACAAGACACUGCGUAACACCAUACAGUGGCUUGAAAACGAGCUCAACAGAUGGCGCAAUGGGGAGACUGUACCAGUUGAUGAGCAGUUUGACAAAGAGAAAGCCAACUUGGAAGCUUUUGCAGUGGAUAAGGAUGUUGCUAUCAAUAAUGAUAAACCAGCUGCUACAAUUGGAGUGACUGGUAAUUUUACUGAUGCUGAAAGGAGAAAGUGUGAGGAAGAAAUUACUAAAUUAUACAAACAACUUGAUGACAAGGAUGAAGAAAUCAAUCAGCAGAGCCAAUUAGUAGAAAAGUUGAAGACACAAAUGUUGGAUCAGGAAGAGCUUCUAGCAUCUACCAGGCGGGACCAAGACAAUAUGCAAGCUGAGCUGAAUCGCCUCCAAGCUGAAAACGAUGCCUCUAAAGAAGAAGUAAAAGAGGUGCUACAAGCCCUUGAGGAACUUGCUGUCAACUAUGAUCAGAAAUCUCAGGAAGUAGAAGACAAAGCAAGGGAAUAUGAGCUGCUUAGUGAUGAACUCAAUCAGAAAUCGGUAACUUUAGCCAGUAUAGAUGCAGAGCUUCAGAAACUUAAAGAAAUGACCAACCACCAGAAAAAACGGGCAACAGAGAUGAUGGCCUCCUUAUUAAAAGAUCUUGCGGAAAUAGGAAUUGCAGUAGGAAAUAAUGAUGCAAAGCAGCCUGAAGGAACUGGCAUGAUAGAUGAAGAAUUCACAGUUGCAAGACUGUACAUUAGCAAAAUGAAAUCAGAAGUGAAAACAAUGGUAAAACGCUGCAAGCAGCUAGAAAGCACUCAAACUGAAAGCAAUAAAACAAUUGAAGAAAACGAAAAGGAACUGGCAGCUUGUCAGCUUCUUAUCUCACAGCAUGAAGCCAAGAUCAAGUCACUGACAGAAUAUCUUCAGAACGUGGAACAAAAAAGGAGGCAACUGGAAGAGUCUGUGGAUUCCCUUAAUGAAGAACUAGUCCAGCUUCGGGCACAGGAAAAAGUCCAUGAAAUGGAGAAGGAGCACUUAAAUAAGGUCGAAACUGCAAAUGAAGUCAAGCAAGCUGUUGAGCAGCAGAUUCAAAGCCACCGUGAGACCCAUCAAAAGCAAAUUAGUAGCUUAAGAGAUGAGGUUGAUGCAAAGGAGAAGCUUAUUACUGAACUCCAAGACCAAAACCAGAAGAUGAUGCUUGAGCAAGAACGUCUUAGAGUUGAGCAUGAGAAACUGAGAGCUACAGAUCAGGAAAAAAGCAAAAAACUGCAUGAACUUACGGUUAUGCAAGACAGAAGAGAACAAGCAAGACAAGAUUUGAAGGGUUUGGAAGAGACUGUGGCAAAAGAACUUCAAACACUACACAACCUUCGGAAGCUGUUUGUUCAAGAUCUGGCUACUAGAGUUAAAAAGAGUGCAGAGAUUGACUCAGAUGAUACGGGAGGCAGUGCUGCGCAAAAACAGAAAAUUUCCUUUCUUGAGAAUAAUCUUGAGCAGCUUACAAAAGUCCACAAACAGCUGGUACGUGAUAAUGCAGAUCUUCGCUGUGAGCUUCCUAAACUGGAGAAACGACUUAGAGCUACAGCUGAGAGAGUUAAAGCUUUGGAGUCUGCACUAAGGGAAGCCAAAGAGAAUGCAUCUCGUGAUCGCAAACGAUAUCAGCAAGAGGUAGACCGUAUUAAGGAAGCCGUGAGAUCCAAGAACAUGGCCAGAAGAGGACACUCUGCACAGAUUGCUAAGCCUAUCCGUCCCGGCCAGCAUCCAGCAGCUUCUCCAACUCAUCCAAGUGCAAUUCGUGGGGGAGGUGCGUUUACUCAAAACAGCCAGCCAGUCAUACUGCGUGGAGGUGGAGGACGGCAGGAUAAAGUGUAA